GCUUCAAAAGUGCCACUGCAUUCAGUUUAUUGUAUGGAAUAAGUUUAUACAGAUCUUAUUCUGUAAUUUAUAUAAUAUGAAAAACAUUUAAAACAUACUAUUUGUUAGAUACUAAAUGCAUACUACCAAUCUGCGUUUUUCUUUCAGAGUUGGUUUAUGGAUAAUACCAGGAAGAAAAGGGCAACGAUUAUUCCUGGUUUGACAGAAAACGAAAAACAGUUAUUUUUCACAUUACAUGCACAGACAAUGUGUGAGAAAACCAACGAAAGGGGAAUAAUGAAGUACUACAUCAAAGAUGAAGAUCAGUUAUCUCCUCCUAAUAAAUACAGGGUCAAUGGAGUCAUGAUGAAUUUCCGUCCAUUCACCGAGGCCUUCAGAUGUCGUCUGCAUUCUUCCAUGAAUCCUGAAACUAAAUGUCCAAUAUUUUAGCAGCUUCGUCCUUACGAGUGCGAUGUGCGUGCUGGGAUAAUGAGCGAUUGACGAGAAUGAAUGUACAGAUCUAUCGACCGUCUUGUAUCUCCUGAAGAACUCAUGAUUAUGACGUUUUAAAUAUUGUCACAUAGUGUAAAUACGGUCGAAUUUCGUAUUUUGACAAUUAUGUCGUAAAUGUGGUGUCGUCAGAUUUAUAUCAUCAGUCAAAUAUUAAAAAGUAUGAGAUAACGUUCGUUAAAUAUACAAACGUUUUUCGUGGUGAUAUAUUCUUAUUACAUACAAAACUGUAUGCGAAUCCAAUAUGUUUCUUCUUCCACCAAAAUGACCAUGAUUUUGACGUAAAAUAGAACGUUAUAUCACCAUUGUUUUCACCACUGUCAAUGAAUUGUGAAUUUAACGUGUCAGAGAGAGAGAGAGAGAGAGAGAGGAGAGAGAGAGAGAGAGAGAGAGAGAGAGAGAGAGAGAGAGAGAGAGAGAGAAACAGAGACACAGAACAAAGAGAGACAGUGUGAGAUAGCGAAAUGGUAUGUGAAAUGUUAUUUCUGCCAAUGUUAUA